UCUCCUUGAGGACGAAUCCGAGGCCCAUCUGCGCAGCCCUGCCCUGAUCUCUCUCAGUCUCAGGCCCUCAUCUGAAUUUAGGACAAGGACACAGAGGAGAAAGUAGAACCUCACAGGGAGGCAUCACAAAACACCUCGGAGACCAAACUGACCCCCAUCGAGUGUGAAUCUAUUCAAUUCUACUUCUCAACAUGGAGUCCAAGGCCAAGCCCCAAAAGACAGAGAAGAAGGAAUCUGCACCGCCUCUGAAACCGGAGCCCACUCCCGCCGCGCCCGCCGCAGAGGAGAAACAAGCGGAGGAUGGCGCCGGGAACCAGGAGGGGGCGCAGGAGGGGAGUGAGGGAGCAGGGGGCUGCUGUGAGACCCUGGAGAACCUGAAGCCCUUCCUCAUCGGUGGAGCCGUCGUAGCCCUCGGUGCCAUAAUCGUGGGCGUGGUCUUAUUAGCCAAGAAGAAGUGACAACAUGAUACGAUAUGAUUGGGUAGUGGGUGACGGGGGCACGGCCUAUCGGAGGAGGGAUGUUUUAAUAUUGUGGGGUUGGGGGCACCAUGCUUCUUCAUGAUCAACUUUUGAUUUUAGCGACAUUAGCAAUAUUAGCCAGCUAUCUCAGGUCACGUUCGGAUGUGGACGUGACCCACGCACAGUCAUGUAGGAUCUAGUGGCAGGUCUUCUGGACAGCUAUGGGAGACUCAGGUUGGGCAGAAAAAUAAGAUAAAAUUAAAAAGCCACCUCACCGACAUCGUAGUUGUCUAUCAUACUUUAUCUAGCUACUUAAUAGUUUGUGAUUAAAAUCUAUGUGAAGCUUCAGGCUGGGCAGAAGAAACCAAACGUAGACCAAACCUGAUGGUUUUGUCCAAAGCAAAGCUUCAUCCACCAAAUCUAGACUGCUUUUGAAGCUUCUUCGGGCGUCUUCUGUCCAAAUGAGGCUUUUAUCUGCCAAACUUCUGAGCUUCUCCUUCCCAAACUAAGGUUCCUCCAACAUGUUGCCCAGCUGAGGCUGAACAAACUCUGUAAUGUUUGUUUUCUUCAGCAUGACCAGUUUCCUCAUAGCUGCCAUAUCCAGACCCCUAAUGCUCUAUAAUAACAUAUAUAUUAUUAUUAACACAUGAUGCAUUACUGUAACUCCUAAGAAUAAAGUGCAAUAUGACGUGUUUUGUUGUAUGACGCCAUCAGUGCUUGAAUCAGCGCGUGAAUCCUGGUUGGUAUUUAACCUGUAUGAUAUUUUAUGAAUCAGUAGAAGCCAGUUUGACUAUUUAAACCCUACGUGGGGCUUCAAGAAGUAAUAAUCGGUGUGUGAGUGAGUGCACGUACAGGAAUAUAUACAGUAAUACGUGUUUUCCAUUACUGUAUGUGUUCAGGAUAUAUGUAUGAAUUUAGGAAGGACAAAUAUAUAACAUAUUAAUUAGACUGUAUUUAUAGAAUUUACACCUUAUGUAUUUUUGUACCAUACACACUGUGCUUUAUCACAUCAUAUAUUGUUAUUAUUACUGUUAUUAUUAUUAAUAUCAUUUAAUGCAUCCAGUGAAAAUAUGUUUAUCAUUGUUCACUCAGUUGCCAGUUUAUUACACAGGUCUUAAUAAACCAGGUCCAGAAUUUUACAUGAGUAAUAUUAACUGUAAUAAACUGGAACCCUGUUCUGCACCCAGUGUUCCCAACAUCCCUGCAAAAAGCCAGACCUGAUCUUGGUGAGACUGGUUUAAGCUGGUCAGGCUAAGAGAACAACUGGACCAGCUUUUGCUGGCUGUGGACCAGCUAAAUGAACCCAAUACGAUCUGGAUUGACAGGAACCCUAAUUAGAACGAUCACGGUUACGGAAUUGAUUGAAGCUUAUUGGCACUACAAAGCUGGCAACUCAGUUUAGAAAAUGCUUGAAUGGCCAUGUAAUGCACAUACAUACACAGGUACAUGCACAGUUUUUAUUUUUAUUUUCUUGGUUUUAUCUUGUUCUCUUUUAAAACCAACCAUUUCCUGUAGAACACGAGUAGUUAAACACUGACACGUUAAAAGACCAAAAAUAGGUCAGAAUUCACAUCAGAUCAGUUUCAGAAACCCAGCCGGACCAAACCGAUCCACUCAACACAUCUCACACAAGUUCUACCAACAUUUAUGAAAGAUUUUCGUUCCCUCAAGUGCGUAUGUAAUGCAAUAAUUCUACUAGGACUCAGUAAAAUAAGAAUUUUCUUCUAGAAUUAUUAUUUAAACUAGUAAUGAAAGGGUCCUGCUGCUGAAGUGCUGGAUGGAGCAUCAGACACGAUGAUGCUGAGGUGUGGAUGAUCGUAGCCAGAAUAACAGAUAAUAGGAGCUUUUUCCAUUUGUUUUUAUUUUGUGCACCCUCCUCCCUGAACGUCUCCCUCUGGUCCAACUGUAAAAUAAAAUCUAGAUGCUAUUUAUUGAACUCAUUAAAGCAUUAAACUCAGAUUUA